GCGUUUGAAUCUCAAAUGAAAUUGGCGCAUUUUUUGAUUUUCGCAGUGUAAAAACGGUGUAAACUGUGAUAUACUAGAGUAAUUAAGUAUUUUUCAUCGCUAUAAACUUAUGAUGAGACAAGAGGAGUUUAAUCUCACCUCAGUCAAUACUGCUGUCUUUCUGACAUUCUGCAGCACUGCUGCUUAGCUUUAUGACACACUUCUGAUGGGGGCGGGGCCACCUUGAAGCCAGCCAAUCACAGCCGAGGAUACAAACGCUGCCGUCUCUAACUGGUCCGCGCGCCUGUCAAUCACAAGGUGAGAGCGCUGUCCUCCAGAACGCACUUUAUUCCGAGAGAGAGACGCGGAUUCGUCAUGCACCUCCGGUGGGCCUUCGAUCGCCCCGAUGAUGAACGCCCGCCAUGUCAGUCCAACCCGGGCCGUCCCCGACUCGAGACGAGACCCACGAGACAACUGCCAACUUAAUUUAAGAGUGUGAUUAAUUAAAAUGGGCCCCGUAAUGGAAGGCACGCACACGGUGCUGCGUCUGUACAAACCCAUCCAUGAGCUGUGCUUCAUCAGUCUGUACUUCCCAACAAGGAAGUCGCGAGGUUUCUCAAGAGCUGGCCAGCCCCCUCGUGAAGUCCGGCCUCAGGAUGAAGACGCGGCCAAGGCUAAACAAAGAGGCCAGUAUUACUGCGAGGCGACAAAAGGAGCGGUCGCGCAGCUCCGCUGGCUGGCCGCAGAACACCAUCAGCUGCUGACGGACUUCUUGUCUUUAUGCAUUGACUGCGCAGAUCGCCUCAGGAUGGGCAACCAGGACGGGAGGCUCCUGGAAGAACAUGGGGAACAUCUCGGACAUGAUGUUAGCAGCAGUAACUUCCCUAUUUCUCUGUCUCCGGAGCAUAAGAGAGCAUCUUCAAGAGUUCGUAAGCUGAAGAAGCUUGGUUCUAAGAAGAUGGACAGUGCUGAGGAGUUCUUGCAGAGCAAAAUGAGGAAAAAAGUGCAGAGUGGAGCAUCCGAGUUUUCCCUGAAAGGACCUGGAACUCCAAUCUCAAUCCGUGGUGUGGAUACUCCAGGAUCAGGCUCCUACGUCAGCGUCUCCAGUGAGCCUCUUCUUCCAAUGGAUGAACACUUCCAGAUUGCCAGUGAUGGUUGGGAUUUUAUGGAAGAACCUCGUUCUUUUGAGUCGGAAAUGGAUCUUUGUGCCGAGCUGUCGGAGUUUGAUAACCAACUCACUUUGGAAUUUGAGAAACCGUUGGAAAACCAACGCAGUUGUGUCCUAAUGACCAAUGGGAAUAUUGUACUAAACCAACAAGAGAAGUUUGGACGUCUAUCAGCCUUUGCGAGUUUGGAAGUCAACCAAAGGGACUUGAGAAAUGAUGAUGCUGCCGCUGAAGACAACAACCAUACGGAUCAGCGCAACCAGCAAGCUGGACAAGAAGACAUCAAGCGCUUUACUCAGGUGAACAAUGAGAAAACCAGGUUAACCCUAUCGCCCCCUAUUGAUGCUAGAAGCUCCAACCUUCGCCCCUGGACCAGAAGCCCCGCAUCAAGCUCUCUCUCUGGGGUCUUCAAUGUGUCUUAUCCUCCCACCAACAGUCUCCAGAGCAUGUCUCCUGUGCUGUCUCCUCUGUCUUCUCAACUUUCGAGUCCCCAGAUGAAUCAUCGUAUUGUGUUGCUGCCUGAGGAGGAUGAUGGAAAUAAACGCUCCUCGAGAGACGAGCCUAAAGUCGCCACAGAGGUUAUCGACAAAAACGGCAACCGCAGGACGGUCACACGGCUUGACCUGAACCUCAGCAAUCAUUUUAAUCUGAAUGGAGCCAGUACGUCGAGUGUCACGACCUCAGAAAACACUCUGUUGCGUCCGGAGGACAUCUGGAUGCUGGAUGCAGAUGAUUCCAUUACCCAGGAGGCUUUGCGUCGUCCCAGCAGACCGGAUCACCUAGACUUUCUGAGAAUCACGCCGCCGGAGGACGACAUCAUCGGAGACACUCCGUACAAUCCCAAACUCGGAAUAACGUCUGAGGUGACGUCUCCGUCCGAUGGUGAGGACCGAACCCCUGGGCGUCUGCAGGCCGUGUGGCCUCCACCCAAAGAAGAUGGAGAGGAAAAAGUGGGCCUGCGUUACACUGAAGCCGAGCAUCAGGCCGCCCUCCUUCAGCUGAAGAGAGAGUGUAAAGAGGAGCUGGAGAAACAGCAUGCAGAUUUCGAGCUGCAGAUAUUCCAGGUUCGAGGUGAGCAUGCGGAGGUGGUGUCACGUCUGGAGUCGGUCAUCGACGGGUUGCGGCGGGAGCGGACGUAUAACACCUUACGGGAGCGUGGUGAAAUGCAUGACAUCUCCGUCUCGACUGAAGACGAUCAGCUGCCCAAAAGCUUCCGCAACGUGUGCAUCCAGACCGACCGUGAGACCUUCAUCAAAACCCCUGAGGGGGACGGGACCAAACCGGCGGCGAGCGCCAACUCCAGCCUGCCCAAAAAACUCGACCUGGACUCCAUCAGCAUGAGUUUGGGUGUGGGUCCAGGGCCGCCGCCUCCACCUCCUCUACCUGGUGGCUCUGCCCCUCCUCCACCACCUCCUCCUCUCCCCGGUAGCUCCGCUCCUCCUCCUCCUCCGCCCUUACCUGGAUUUGCACCUGGCCCGCCCCCUCCUCCACCCCUUCCUGGAGCUCCGCCUCCACCCGGUCUACCAGGAGCCCCGCCUCCUCCACCACCUCUCCCCGGAGCCCCGCCUCCUCCUCCGCCCCCACCCGGUCUCCCAGGUGCUCCUCCCCCUCCUCCGCCCAUGCCGGGCUUUGGUGCUCCUCCUCCGCCUCCCGGUCUCGGCGGGUUUGGAUUCGGACAGGCGACAGAGAAAGCGCCGCGUAAGCCUGCCGUGGAACCGGCCUGCCCUAUGAAACCGCUCUACUGGAGCCGCAUCCAGAUUCAGGACAACAAUAAUAACACGCUGUGGAGUUCACUGGAAGAGCCUGAUAUCAUAGACACCAAAGAGUUUGAGGAACUGUUCUCCAAAGCUGCCGUCCAAGCCAAGAAGAAGCCGCUGUCAGACUCGUACGAGAAGAAGAACAAAGCCAAGAAGAUCAUCAAGCUGCUGGAUGGCAAACGCUCUCAGGCUGUGGGAAUAUUAAUAUCAAGCCUCCACCUGGAGAUGAAGGACAUUCAGCAGGCUGUUCUGACGGUGGAUCAUUCUGUGGUGGAUCUGGAGACUAUUGAAGCUUUAUAUGAGAACAGAGCUCAGCCUGAUGAACUGGAGAAGAUCAAGAAACAUUACGAGACGUCUAAAGAAGACGAGGUGAAACUCCUGGAUAAACCUGAACAAUUCCUGUACGAGCUUUCCCAGAUUCCCGACUUCGCCCGGCGAGCGCACUGCAUCAUAUUCCGCUCUGUGUUUGUGGACUCCAUAACGUCCGUCCAUCAUAAGGUGGAGAUCAUCUCUGCUGUGUGCAAGACUUUUCUUGAGAAUGACAGUGUGAAGGACGUGAUCGGUGUCAUCUUGGCCUUCGGAAACUACAUGAACGGUGGAAACCGGACCAGAGGACAGGCGGACGGAUUCGGAUUGGAGAUUCUGCCCAAAUUAAAAGAUGUCAAGAGCAGGGACAAUCGUAUAAGUCUGGUGGACUAUGUGGUGUCGUACUACCUGCGAAACAUGGACGAGGACGCAGGAACAGAAAAGAGCGUUUUUCCGCUGCCUGAACCUCAGGAUCUCUUCCACGCCGCUCAGGUCAAGUUUGAAGAUCUCGCUAAAGACCUGCGCAAGUUAAAGAAGGAGCUGACAGCGUGUGUGAAGGAGGUUGAGCAGGUGUGUGAAAACUCAUCUGAGGAACAUCUACAGCCCUUCAAGGACAAGAUGGAGACCUUCGUCAACACGGCGCAAUCAGAGUACGAGACUGAAGACGAGCGGCUGCAGGCGGCACAGAAGAGUUUCCAGGAAAUGGUGAUGUACUUCGGGCUCAAACCCAAGUCUGGAGAGAAGGAGGUUUCUCCAAACUACAUCUUCAUGCUGUGGUACGAGUUCUGCAAUGAUUUCAAGAACAUCUGGAACCGAGAGAAUAAAAACAUUUCCAAAGAAAGACUCAAAGAAGCUCAGCAAACCGUCCAGAAAAUCACAGCUGAGAAGAAAGUGGAGACCAAGAAGAUCAAUGCAAACAGUCUGAAAGAGCGACUGCGAAAGAAAGAAGCCGACAUGUCAUCCAGCUGAGACGACGGGAAACGCGUCUCGUCGCAUCCGUCAGGACAGAAACGCUGAGCUCCACAGGAGGUACUGAAGAUCAGUUCAUCAUCAGAUACAGGAAAAGUGUUUGGAACCACUUCAGUACGAGAGAAACCUCCUAUGAACAUCUGACAUGGGUAAUAUCUAAUCAGCAGUGCCUCAUGUUCAUCCAAUCCAAACUGGUGAAAAAUAUUAUCUGUGUUUGUACUUGAAUCACGUCACUCGCUUCUGCCUUGGUGUUGCACCACAUUUUCCUUUUGCCAAAACGUGAGGCACUUUCACACUCCUCACUGGUGAAGCCUAUGCAAUAUCCUGCGUUAAAAAGAAAAACGUGCGAUCAUAUCCAUCCGUUUCAUGUGUUAUGAUGUAUGUUACGAUGAGGAAUGAAUCAUAUUUACCCUACAGUGAUGACAUUUUCAUGUGUAAAUGAGUCAGUCAAAGCCCUAUUUAUUAACAGAAUGAAGGUUUUAUUGAGGAUGAAAAUGAUAUUGUUUUCCCAUCGGUUCAUAUGUAAUCAGUUCAGUCAGUUAUGUAGUUAUUUCAGGCCCAAAUGUGUUGAAAACCCGAGGUGUUUUCACUGUUAAACACAUCAAACCUCCUGGAACAUUAUUACAGUGUCAGAUUUUUAUUGACAUUUUUUUUAAUUUCCUGUGAUAAUUUGUACAGUUAUUAGGUGCAAUAAAUGUUUUGGACAUCAGCGUCUGCAAAAGGAAACGUAAGAUUCUCAAAAGUCUGCAUAUUAUUUUUGUUGUAUUAUUAAAGGUAUUUACAUUUAAA